AUGCUAUUGGCAUUGACCAAUAAUCCAGCCUCAAUCUCAAUCCUUCUAUCUGUCAGCAUGUAUUUGCUAAUUUGUCCAUCCACGUCUUUGACAAACAACGGAACAUGGUAUGGCACAUCUUCGACUUUUGCUUCCGUGUUGUACAAGAACCUAUGCUGCUCGACAACCAAUUUCUCCCCGGAAUUUGUAACCGACAAAAUUGGAUAUCCUGCAGUUCUAGUCCAGGAGUACAUGAUAGUAGGAAUGUCGUACUUGUGUUUGUUCAGCGAACUAUUCUUGAGGAAGUUCCACAAAUCCACAGGCUUGAACAAACCAAACUUGUUCUGUUCAAUGAAUUCUCCAACAGCCUUGAAGAAAUUGUCGUAG